UGAAGCAUGCCCUCACUUGGACGCAACCUGUUUCAGUUGCAACAAGAAAGGGCAUAUCCAGAGAGCCUGCCGAAGCAGUGGUAAGACUUUUUCUAAGAAAAAGCAGACGAAAAAGAAUGUGAAGAUGCUGACGGUUGUGUCGCGGAAAGCUUCGACCCUCAGUCUAAACGGCGUGUCGGCAGCUCAGAGCGACCCUGUCACCGUGCAGAUGACCAUCGACGGCGUCUUGGUGAACAUGGAGCUAGACACGGGAGCGGCUGUUUCCGUCAUGUCAAAGACUCAGUUCCGUCAGCUCUUUCCUUCGGCUGUAGUGGAGCCUACGACAGUUAAACUUCGUACCUACACAGGAGCACUGGUAGGACCCCAGGGAGUCUCUUCGGUCAACGUGCAGCACGGCGACCAUUCUGCAAUUCUCCCACUCUACGUCGUAGACCACAAGGGACCACCUCUACUGGGCCGGGAGUGGCUGCACGCCGUCCGGCUGGAGUGGGCGAAAAUCUGGAACCUGAACAACAUUACAAGGACCUUUGCUACCUCGGACACAGAAUCAGCGCACAAGGCAUCUCGGCAACGACGGAGAAGGUUGACGCACUCCUCAAGGCUCCAGCCCCUAAAGAUAGGCAGCAGCUGCAGUCGUUCCUGGGAGUCGUCAAUUUCUACGGCAAGUUCCUUCCUAACCUAGCAACGGUGGCGCAACCAUUUUUCAGGUUGCUACGUAAAAACGCCACGUGGUGCUGGGAUGAGUGUUGCCAGGAAGCGUUCACCAAUAUAAAGAACUUGCUAGCCUCUCCACCAACUUUGGCGCGCUACGACCCGUGCAAACCAUUGCAGCUAUCAUGCGACGCAUCGCACUAUGGUUUAGGCGCGGUUCUUUCUCAUGUUUUAGAUGAUGGCAGCACGAAGCCAAUCGCUUUCGCAUCGCGUACCUUGACCGAUGCCGAAAAGAAAUACAGCCAGCUCGAGAAAGAGGCCCUUGCAAUAAUUUUUGGUGUUAAGAAGUUUCAUUUCUACGUUUACGGUCGUUCGUUCACAUUAGUCACCGACCAUAAACCGCUUCAAACCAUCUUGGGCCCAACAACCGGCAUUCCGACAAUCGCAGCAGCGCGUUUGGAGCGAUGGGCUGUCACAUUGUCAGCUUACCGGUAUUCGCUUAUCUUCAGGAAAUCAAGCGAGAAUGCUGAAGCCGAUUUUUGUUCGCGCCUGCCGCUAUCAAUUGUGAAAGACGAAACACAAGAAAGAGAGGAAACUUUUUAUUCAUUGCGGUUGCAAUCAAUGCCAGUUUCAAGCCAGGACAUUGCUCGAACAACAGCUCGGGACCCCUUGCUUUGUAAAGUGAUAGAUUUCAUAAAUGUGGGGUGGCCGGCGUCUGUGACUGAAAACGAUUUGAAGCCUUUUUUUGACAGACGCAACGAGCUCACAGUUCACCAAGGCUGCAUCAUGUUCGGGAUGCGAGUGAUCGUGCCGGCAAAGUUGCGCAACUUGCUGCUGGACGAACUCCACGAAGGGCACCCAGGCAUCGUGCGCAGCAAGCAACUGGCGCGCAGCUACGUGUGGUGGCCGUCCAUCGAGGCGGACCUCGAGCAUCGUGUCAAGGCCUGCGUAAGUUGUCAAGAACAACGUUGCGAGCCAUGCAAAGCGCCCCUGCA